CAUGAUUUAUAGUGUUUGUGAUUUUCUAUUGUUCUUGAAUUUUUGUGGAUAUUCUUCAUCAAAGAUCAGGUUUUUAUCCAUUUUUAGGAAUAACCAUAAGCUGGAUAUUGAAUUUGACUUUCUUUUUUUUUAAUUUAUAAAAAUGUGGUGCAAGUUGAGAGCAAGUUGGAUGUUGAUAUUUAUUUUUGCUUGAUUAAUUGUAUGGUGUCUAGAGAUUUCUGGGUUAUUUUCAGAUGGUGACCAUUCCAACUAUAUCAUCAUCAUUUAUCUGUGUAGAUUUUGAGAUUUUAGAAGUUGCACCUGAUAUAUUUAGAUAUUGCUAUCAAGGACAUCUUUUUCCUUUACUUUUUAUCCUGCUGUCAAACGUCAAAGCCCUUCCCUGAUCUAAUUUUAUGAUUCUUGCCCAUCACUAUCUAUUGAGCAAGUUGUUUUUGGAAUCUUUUUUAUUACUAUCUGUCAGGAACUAUAUAUAGUAAGUUUUUGUUCAAUCUUUUUUUCAUAUUGACUAUUUAUCCUCCGGCUAAAAAUAUGGUUCACUGCCAGCUAUAUUGUGAAGUGAGUAAAGAAGAAUUGUUUCCUCCGGGAGAAAUGAUGGACAAGAAGCAGAAGAAGUUUCUUACUGUGGCGCCUUUUGAGUGUGCCUGGCCUAAUGAUCUGAGAUUUAGAGAAGCAGGAAGGGGUUGUGUAGCUUUUGAUGCUUUUGCACAUAACGAUGUAACAAUCGUUUUUCGCGAGCAGGUAGGGAGUCAGCAUUAUCACUACAAAAGGGAUAAUUGUCCACACUAUACUGUAAUCAUUGGUAGUCAUAGGAAUAAGAGAUUUAAGAUUGAGGUUGAUGGGAAAACGGUGGUUGACGCAGCUGGUGUUGGUCUUUGUUGUUCUUCAGCAUUUCAAAGCUACUGGAUUAGUAUCUAUGAUGGAUUGAUUAGCAUUGGCAAGGGAAGGUAUCCUUUUCAGAAUCUUUGCUUUCAGUGGCUUGAUUCGAAUCCCAAUUGCAGCGUUCAGUAUGUUGGUCUUAGCAGUUGGGAUAAACAUGUUGGAUACAGGAAUGUUAAUGUACUGCCUGUCACACCGAAUCAUUUAUCUUUGUGGAAGCAUGUGGAUUAUGUUGAGCAUGACUUAGGCGAGGAUGAUUUAGAACAAGAGUUAGAAGAUCAAAUUGCUAAUUAUGAAAGUUGGGGUCUUGGAAAGUUUCUUGAGAAUUGGGAGUUAUCUGAUAUGUUCUUUGUUGUUGGAAAGGAAGAAAGGGUUGUUCCAGCUCAUAAGCUCAUUUUAGCUGCAUGUGGAGAUUUUGGUCUUAGUUCAUCAGUUGAAGAAGUUGUUCACUUGCCAGACAUUAGUUAUUCCGUCCUUCAUGCACUUCUUCAGUAUGUCUACACCGGACAUGCUCAGAUUUUGGAAUCUGAUCUCCGCUCGUUGAAGUCUUUGAGUUUACAAUACAAAGUGAUGCCAUUGGUGAAGCAAUGUGAAGAGAUCCUUGAGCAACUUACGUCUCAUGAGCAACUUGUUGAAUCACCUAAGCCUGUAGACAUAUCUUAUCCGAGCUGGCUCCAAUGUAGCAAAACUUUUCCAUAUGGGUUGCCCAUUAAUAGAGAAAGGCUUGAACAGUUCCUCUCGACCGGAGAAUACAGUGAUCUAGACAUUUAUGUUGGAGUUCAUGACCUUGUUUUGCAGUCACAUAAAGUAAUCCUUGGGUCAUGGAGUGUUCCUUUCGCAAAGAUGUUUACCAAUGGAAUGAGGGAGAGUGCUUCUUCAAUGGUCUGCUUAAAAGAUGUCCCUCUUGAAGCAUUUAAGAUUAUGCUAGAAUUCAUGUACACUGGAGAACUUAAUAAAGAAGCCACCGGCGGAAUUAAUACCUUGUUACUCCAGCUUCUUUUACUGGCGGAUGAGUUUGGGGUUACUCUUCUUCAUCAGGAGUGCUGCAAAAUACUUUUGGAGUGCCUCUCAGAGGACUCAGUAUGCCCAAUUCUUCAAGUGAUAUCAUCUGUUCCCUCAUGUAAACUCAUUGAAGAAACCUGUGAGAGGAUAUUCUCGAUGCACUUUGAUUAUUGUACAACUGCAAGCAUCGACUUUGUCAUGUUAGAUGAAGCAAGCUUUAGCAAUAUCCUUCAGCAUACAGAUUUGACAGUGACAUCCGAAGAGAGAGUUCUCAAUGCCAUCUUACUUUGGUGCUUACAAGCAAGAGAAUUGUAUGGAUGGGAAACAGUAAACGAAUUGAUUGUAAAUUCAACACCAGAGAUGCUUUUUGGGGAGAGGCUUAAGUCUCUAAAUGGAUUUCUGAAUCUUGUGCGGUUCCCCUUACUGCCACUUGAAUUGCUGAAGAAGUUUGAAGGAAGUAACCUUUGCCAGCAGAUUCCCACUUUUGACCAUCUGGUUAAAGAGGCUAUAAGAUUUCUGGAAUUUGGGGUCACCGGUUCUAAACGAAGCCAAAAGUUUCAGCAUAGGAAAUCAAGUUUCAAGGAGCUGCUUUACAUAUGUGAUGGAGACAGCAAUGGGGUCCUCUAUUUUGCUGGCACAUCAUAUGGGAAACACCAGUGGGUAAAUCCUGUCUUGUCUAAGAGAGUAACUAUCACUGCUAGUAGCCCCAUUUCAAGAUGCACUGAUCCUAAGGUCUUGGUGUCAAGAAAUUUCCAGGGUACAUCUCUUGCUGGACCUCAGAUGGAGGACGGAAGAAACGCUUCAUGGUGGAUGGUCGAUGUUGGUCAAGAUCACCAGCUCAUGUGUAACUACUACACAUUAAGACAGGACGGAUCAAGAGCAUUUAUGAGACGUUGGAACUUUCAGGGGUCUUUGGAUGGGAAAAGUUGGACAAACCUGAGAAUACAUGAGAAUGAUCAAACUAUUUGCAAGCCAGGUCAAUUUGCGUCGUGGCCUAUUACCGGUCCAAAUGCUCUACUUCCUUUCAGAUUCUUUCGACUUCUCAUGACCGCUCCUACUACAGAUGAUACUAACCCAUGGAACUGUUGCAUCUGCUUCUUAGAACUAUAUGGUUAUUUUCGUUAGCGUGGUUUUUGGUUUAAACAUGUAAUGAAUAGCUUAGUUUUUUCCACAAACUCUUCAUUUACAGUUGAAAAUGUUGCAUGCAGAAAAUAAAUUGCAUGGUCUUGAUAUUCUCCAAAGAUGUCUAAAGUGCUGUGAUAUCAUGUAUUCUCCGCUUACUGGUUUUGAUUGGCUGGUUUCUUGUA